AAGCACGUCUCGAGGUCUGCUGCUUUAGAUCUAACCCGCCAGUCCAGCACGAACCUUCACAAACAACAGACGCGUAUCCCAGUCACUCCCAGUCACACCCAGUCACUCCUAGUCUGUCUCUCCUCACAUCGUAUCACUGGGAACACAAACAGUCAAGAUGUGUUACAACGAGGAGACGCAACAGGAAAGGCGGAACUGUGUGCGUCAUCUGCUGGUGUUAGUGUUGCUGUCUCUCUGUCUCCAUAACACAGCUGCGACUCUACAAGGCGGCAACUACUCCUACAACACGUUGACAGAGGUGGCAGAGAUCCCAGAGGAGGGCGUGACGCGGAUAUGUGUGACGCCCCUGGACGACAACACGCGGCUCAAGGUGCGGCACACGGGGACGUCGGGCGCGAGACAGGAGGUGCUGGUGAAGAAGAAGGCAAUGACGGUGGACACGUUGGCGUUAUUGGAGAUCGGUGUGGAGACAGGAGGCGGUGAUAAGGCUUCCCUGAACGUGUGGCUUAACGGGAGGAAACUGCAGCCACCUGACACUAAUCCCCGCCCCACAAGCUCCGCCCCGCAGCAGCCCCUUACUAUUCUACUCUUGAAGGGAAAUGCUAAAAUCACAAACUGUACAAAGAAAGAAAUGGAGACGGAGAAGGCAGAGGGGAAAGAGAAGGUCGUUUUGGUCGCUGCAGUAGAGAUGGCACCAACGGAGAAAGGAACAACGGGAGGAGAGGCAGGAGUGAGAGAGACGCAAGAGGUGACCCAGACACAGACGGAAAAAGUGACCGAGGAACAUAAAGUGUCGUCACCCAGUGCUUCUCAGCCGCCUCUUACCAGCGCCUCCACCAACGACACUCUUGAAACAGAAGGUCCAGAUCUGGAGGAGGAGGAUCCUUGGUGGAGCUUCAUGCUGGUGCUAGGCAAGGUGGGGAAGGUGCCCGUGUUGGCGCUGCUGGUGGCGUGUCUGGUCGGGGGCUUGGUGGUAGGCGGCGUCACGGUAUGUCUGUGCUCCAAGGCGUGUCGCAAGCGUCGAGUGGAAUAUCUGCCGGUGUCCAUGGUGAGGACACAAGCCGGACACUUGCCCGGUGACAUUGUGCGGGAGCCAAAGUUUUGGGACACGGCCAGCAACAAGCAGCGGAGCUCAGGCAUCGGCAGCGCCUACAGCACCCUCAAUACUGAUAGCGGCAGCCACAUGGGCACGGCAAACAGUCGCGGCACAGGCUCGCGGCACGCCGGCAGUGUCAAUAACUCUAUAGAACGCGGCGGGAAAACCACCAUGCACAGCGGCGUCAACAACCUCGGUCGCUGGACGAAUGGCAGCCCUACCAACUCCAUCAACGGCAGUCGCAGCAACACCACUGCCAACGUGCUCAACAUUCCCCCUGGCAGCAUGCCACGCUCCGCUAGCGGCAGGAGCUGGGACAACAGGAGCGUGGAGCGCAGCCCGAGGCUCCAGGGCAGCAGCGUGACGCGCACUCCGAGCAACAGAAGUACCAGGAGCACUAGCAGCUCCGUCAACCGCAACACAAACCGAAGCCCCAACAUCCCCUACACUCACAAGCUGGGCCUACUGACCGGCCACCAGAACGUGCCCGUGCUGCACAAACAAAACAAUAACAGACAACAUGCCUCCGACGACGACUCAGACGACUCUUGGUACGACAAGCCCUACGUGAGUCCCCCGCUACUGGCCGACAAUUAUUCCGUGCCGCACACCGCCACGGAGCCCGUCCUUGUGGAGGUGCGCACCGCCGCCGCCUCCACCACAGAUCCCAACGCGGCCCAGGUACCCGUGUUCCAGUUCGGGACCUUCAAGAAGUGAGGGUGAGCGGGACAACACGAUAUUGAGGAGGAGUUGAUUUGUCUUUCUAGUCAGUUUGAACUGACGUCACUAGCGAGCGUAUCACGGAUCUGCUGGUGUGGAGAACGCUGCUAGUCAACAGUGAUUCAUGAUUUUGAAGUGUGUGUGUGUGUGUGUGUGUGUGUGUGUGUGUGUGUGUGUGUGUGUGUGUGUGUGUGUGAACAUAGACUGGGAGUACAGCAAAGCCUGCUGCCCAC